AAAAAGUGACUAUUCAAAGCUUUCACACGACAGAGUUUCUGCUAUUUAUUAUUUUUCCUAAAAAGGACUUAACUUUUAGGGUAGAGGGGUUUGAGCAAAGGUAAAGUACUUAAAAGGAUUAAUUCCUUUUUGCCGAUGAUUUGUAAGGGCAGUAUUGAUGCCAUGAGAGAAUCGACAUUAGUGUAUAUAUACCGAGAUAAUAGAUCGUAUACAUACCUGCAAGAAUAUACUGGUUUUAAGAAAAGGAGUGUUUUAAUUUUAAAAGAAAUUGUGCAUCCAUUAACGGAACUAAUGAUUCGUUCAAGACAUUAACAAUUUACUUACAAUUUGUACACGUUGAAUAACAUUGACGGCAGUGAGCUUUAUCAGCCGGAAUAUCUAGCUGGAGUAUUUUUUAUUGCGGGAAGUAGAUUGAAAUUCGGACGCAAGUGGGUGAUUACAGGUGAUAUCCGAUUGAUUUGUAAAUCAUCCAAAUUGGAAAUAUACAUUCCAGUUAUUGCACGGCUUUUAAUUACUUCUCGUUUUUUGCCGGGUCUUUUCAGCGAGAGGAUUUUACUAACAUGUUGUUCCAUUGAUUUCCAGAUUCAUAAAAAAGGGAAAUCUAAUACUCUUCCGGAGGCAUUUCGUUGGUGGUUUUUUUUUCAUUACCAAGACGCAAAACUAGGUUUCAAUAGACUGUAAGUUAAAGACAUUAAUGGAGAAACACAGGGACGCAUACUGCUUGGAUCGUUACUAUAGCAACAGGUGAUAAUUGUGGUAUAUUAUCGAAUCCGAAGACAAUGUCGGAUCAGGAAAAGGAAGAUGAAUCGGGGAGAAUGUUGACAGUGGUGAAAAAUGCCGCCGAUACCAACGAGUUCUAUGAAACAACGGAAAGAAAUAGACAACUCGAUGGCGUGGAGGAAAAAGACGAGAGGGAUCUACCUCCUGUGUUUAACAAACGGCUGUUUGUCACUCAGGGAGCAGUUAUUAUCACGAAGGAGGCGAGGCGCAUCAUGGCGCGAAAUACAAGAUGUUCUCCAGCAGAAAAUCCAACUUUAACGAAAUCAGAGAUGUUGACGAUGCGAUCCGUUGUCAAUGGUCUAAAGUUGAUUCAUAAAGGACAAGAUUAUAUUAAAAAUGUUUUGUCUCGGUGUGUAACCUUGGAAACGUAUAACGCUUUUCAGUACGUCAAGAAAAAAUAUUGGGAGGACAUGUUAUCGUGUUACUACAUAGUUCACGGGGCGGUGGAAGUGACGUACGACAUGUCUGCUGCGGGACAGUCAUCGUCUCGGAACGUUUAUCAGCCAAAUAUAAUCUACAGCCACGGUACUGGGGAGUACCUGGGAAUUGUUAGUGCAGAGGGACGAGAUGAGGAUAUCGCCCCUCCCGCGACAGUGUACACCAAGGAGUUGUGUGAAUUUAUUCGAAUCGACAGGGGCAGAUUUCAUAGGCUGAUCGAAGUCGAAGAAUCUAUAUUGAUGAACGAAAUACAGCGAUAUUUUAUAUCAGGGUCCAGUAUUCUGUCAAUACUUGCCGAAGAUGUACAAGCCAAACUCCUACAAAUGAUCCAGAAACAUGAAUAUCCACCCAACAAAACUCUGAUAGAACAAGGCGAAGAGACAGAGUUUCUGUACGUCAUAGUCUCAGGACGCGUUCAGUGCCAUCGAGAAGUAUACAUCCCCGAAGCGAAUCGGAGCAUUGUAUUUUAUGUUUGCUGCAGAGAGAAAGAUGACUUCUUCGGGGAGGAGGGUGUAUUAGACCAUGACGGAAGUUAUUGUACCAUAACUACCACAAGUCCCACUGUAUGUUACCGAUUUCACAGAACUGCACUGAAAGUUGUAAACUCUGAGAAACUGGAACGGGUUCUCGAAGAGAAUCGUCAUGAAUUUGUACACGAGGAGGAACUUCGAGAUCGGGGCUACAAGAAUCAUGUGUGGAACACCUACAAACACAACAAGGUCAAAGAGUCACUCAAAGAGAAAGGGAAACUCAAGCACAUGUGUAAAAUGAGUGAGCACCCCGUGGCCGACAGACCGCCGACGGAGGAAGAGCAGAUGACGGAAAAUAUGUAUCGAUUUGUCCAGAAAGGAAGUAGCUUUACCCCACUCAAAGUUCGACCUUUGUCCUGUCAUUCGCUGAGGUCACGACCCCACACUGCUUCCCAUGCUCUUCACCGCAAGAAAUCGUCAGCUGGUCUAGAGGACCGCAGUGAAAGCGACUCGGAUUCAGAAUCUUCAGACGAAGAAACAAGGAACAGGCAACUGAUGACGUCAGAGUUGGCAAAAACCCUUGACCAAAUUUGUACGAAGAAAUCGCCCGUGAUAAGGAGCGUCCGGAGGAGAGGAACAAAUUUAGAUUCAAACAACAUAAUGAACAUAUUGGAUGAAAACAGUGAGAUAGGACGACAUUUAAAGAAAGCAUGGGAAACGCAAGAAGUGGAACAACCGGAAAAAGAAUCUUUUAUGAAAAAUGGAAUUCUUGCCAUCAUGGGAUCUGAUGACAUUGUACGUAAAGCCAUGGCAAUGGCGGAAAAUGAAGUGUCUCACCAGAGACGGCGAAGAUCCGCCAAAGAUGACCAAGAAUGGAACUCUGUGGUUCACGCAGAAAACAACCAGGCGAAAUUCCUGAUAGCUGCCAACAAAAUGAGGAUAAAUAUCCUACGCAAAAACUUAGCAGCCAUUGACAAAGAAAGGAAAUUAAAUGUUCAGAAAAGAAUUCGCAUUAACAGAAAGCCGUACAUAACAGAUAGUAAGGGAAAAGUACAAGGUCCUAAAUCAGAGAAGACAAAAGACAGUUCAACGACAAAAAUCCCUCUUGAUAGUUUAAAUGCAUCAAGUCAUAUAUCAAAGGCCAAAACUGAAAAUGAGGCUCUGUUUGUCGGAAGAUCACAGAAAAGAUGGCGUCCGUCUACAGUCAACAGCGAACCAAUUGAAGGAUUAAGUAACCGUAGCCAUGACGACACACCAACUCGGGUAAAAGCUACCAGACCAAGAAGUGCCAUCGUUACACACAAGGAAGCUAUUUCUUAUAACGACAAACAGCCGACUACAAAACACUAUAGAAGCAGCAGGAAUUUAUUCAACAGUACAACCAACCUGCGUACAGCAUCUGAAAAAGGAAACCUAUCACGCACAAACUCCGGAAGCUUCACAAGCCGACUGUCCAAUACAUAAUACAAAUAUUAUCGAUAGAGACUUAACCCUAUUUGUUACUUUUUUCUGUUGAUGAAUUAAAACAAACUGAUAAGGA